AUUUCUCUGGAUGCCUCACAAUUUCUUUUGCUGAAUCAUCUUAUGAAGAGAAAAUUUUUGCUACUGACUUUGCGGUUAAAAAGUCUUGCAAUCCAGUGAAUAAAUUGUGUUUUGUUCCAAUGAGCAGUCCUUUUGCUGUGACUAAGGCAUUGAAACAACUAUAUACUAAACUUGACAAAGAACAAGACAAUCGAUAUGAUGCUGAAAGGAGGAAAACUACCAUAGCAAAGAAGCUGCUGAAUGAAUUAUUCUUUAUUCGUGACUACACGAUUAAAAGAACAAUGGAGCAAGGAGCUUUUUUUGAUGGUGAUGAUCAAAUAUAUAAUAAAAAAUACAUCCCAACCAUACUUUCUUAUAUGGCUUUAAAUGACAUAUGA